GGAACUGGGAGAGACGGGCAGAAACAAAGGAGAGAGAGAGAGACAUACAGGAAGCAGAAGAGACGGCAGCUGGACACGGGGAGUAGUCCACGUGGGGAAGAGACAGAGACUGAGCACGCCAUGGAGGAGACCGCUGUCUGAGAAAGAGACUGUCAGACCCUGGAGAACUGCAGAAAAGACUCUUCAUUGUGUUGUGAGUGCCCGGAGAGCCCACGUUAUGGACUGGCGGAGGACGUCUCAGUGAGUGUCUCUUCUCCCGGUGACUGUCACUUUUCCGUUCUUUGCAGAAGUGCUUUGUUUGCUCGGCUGUCACUCGACCUCUCUCACUCCUGUUCCCCCGAGCUGUCUCUUAUUUCCAUGGCCGCCCUCAGCAGCCCAGGCUCCGGCCCCCAUCCCACGUCCCCCCGGGUCUACUUCCAAUCCCCAGGAGAGACAGCCGAGGAGCCGGAGAGACGACACCCGGGCAAAGUGACAGUCAAGUAUGACCGCAAGGAACUGAGGAAAAGACUGAGGCUGGAAGAGUGGAUCCUGGAUCAGCUGGUGGGGCUGUAUGACUGCCAGGAAGAAGAAAUCCCAGAACUGGAAAUUGAUGUGGAUGAAUUACUAGAUAUGGAAACUGAUGAACAGAGGGGAGAGAGGGUAAAGGAACUUCUUAAUGAAUGUUACAAACCAACUGAGGCCUUUAUAUCUGGAUUACUGGAGAAGAUACAGGGAAUGCAGAAGCUGAGUACUCCUCAGAAGAAGUGAUUGACUCACGGAGACGGUGGAACAUGGCACCUCCCUGUCAUCCUGGUAGAAGCGCAGAAUCGCAGGGUCACGGGCUCCUCCUGCACCCACAGAGUGUGUGCAACUGUUCACAGUCUACUUGGAGGGGUGAUGCAGGGGAGCCUUUUUUAUAUGACUAUUUUGUAGAAAUCUUUUUUUAACUAAAUAAAAAAUGUUAUUAAGUGUUA